AAACCGAUCGAGCCUCGACGAGCGAGUCGAGGACUCAUCCUAGCUAGCUAAGCUGUCCGACAGCGCAGCAGACCGAUACGAGUACGACGAUGAUGAGUAGCACCGGCGGCGAGAGCAAGCUGGAGAGCCCGCUGCUGGGCCUGCCCGCGCCGGGCUCGUCGGCCGGCAGCGGGCACAGCCACGGCGAGGCGGUGAGCGGGCAGCUGGAGAGCAUCCUCAGCGACGCCUCCCUGCCGUGGAGGCGGCGGAUGCUGUCGGCGUCCAUGGUGGAGAUGCGGCUGCUCGUGCGCCUGGCCGCGCCCGCCGUGCUCGUCUACAUGAUCAACUACCUCAUGUCCAUGUCCACGCAGAUCUUCUCGGGACACCUCGGCACGCUCGAGCUGGCCGCCGCGUCGCUCGGCAACACCGGCAUCCAGGUCUUCGCCUAUGGCCUCAUGCUGGGCAUGGGGAGCGCGGUGGAGACGCUGUGCGGGCAGGCGUACGGCGCGCACAAGUACGACAUGCUGGGCAUCUACUUGCAGCGCUCCACCAUCCUGCUGAUGGCCACGGGGGUGCCUCUGACCGUGCUCUACGCCUUCUCCCGCCCCAUCCUGGUCCUCCUCGGGGAGUCCCCCGAGAUCGCCUCCGCCGCCGCCGUCUUCGUGUACGGCCUCAUCCCGCAGAUCUUCGCGUACGCCGCCAACUUCCCCAUCCAGAAGUUCAUGCAGGCGCAGAGCAUCAUGGCCCCCAGCGCGUACAUCUCCGCCGCCACGCUGGCCGUGCACCUCGCCCUCAGCUACCUCGUCGUGUACCAGUUCGGGCUGGGCCUCCUCGGCGCGUCGCUCAUGCUCAGCGUCAGCUGGUGGGUCAUCGUCGCCGCGCAGUUCGCCUACAUCGCCACCAGCCAGCGGUGCCGCCUCACCUGGACGGGCUUCUCGUGGGAGGCCUUCUCGGGGCUCCCCGGCUUCCUCAAGCUGUCCCUCGCCUCCGCCGUCAUGCUCUGCCUCGAGACCUGGUACUUCCAGAUACUCGUGCUCAUCGCGGGACUCCUCAAGGACCCCGAGCUUGCCUUGGCCUCACUCUCUGUCUGCAUGUCAAUUACAGGGUGGGUGUUCAUGAUAUCAGUUGGGUUCAAUGCAGCAGCCAGCGUAAGAGUGAGCAACGAGCUUGGCGCCGGCAACCCAAAGUCCGCGGCGUUCUCUGUGGUGGUAGUGACGCUGCUCUCCUUCGUCCUGUCGGUCAUAAUCUCCAUCGUCAUCCUGCUGUGCCGGGACUACAUCAGCUACAUCUUCACCGAGGGCGACGACGUGUCGCGGGCGGUCGCCCAGCUCAGCCCGCUGCUGGCGGUCACCCUCAUCCUCAACGGCAUCCAGCCCGUCCUCUCUGGGGUAGCUGUGGGGUGUGGAUGGCAAGCGUUAGUCGCAUACGUCAAUGUCGGCUGCUACUACAUCGUCGGCAUCCCCCUUGGGUGCCUCCUGGGAUUCUACUUCGACCUGGGAGCAGCGGGUAUCUGGAGCGGUAUGAUCGGGGGCACCCUGAUGCAGACCAUGAUCCUGGUGUGGGUUACAUUCAGGACCAACUGGAACAAGGAGGUUGAAGAAGCGCAGAAAAGACUGAACAAAUGGGAAGACAGUAAAGCGCCUGUCCAGUGAGCCCAAGAACGAAAUAAGGCUUCUCUGUUGCCAAACCAAGAACGAGAGACGUGGGAAAUUGAUGCAAUUCACCCUGAUGCAGAUUCGGCAAUUGAUGCAAGGUUGCAAUUCAGUGUCCUGAAAUGUCUACGAGGAGAGGAGAGGAGAUGAGAUGGCUGGAAUUUUAAAUACUACUCUUGCAUCACGCAAUUCAAUUCUGUGUUCCGUUAUUAUAUAUC